AUGUCUUCUUUACAUAAAGAGCAACACCAACGAAGACAGCAACAACGAAAAAAACGAGGACCAUAUACGACUAAAGCAUGUACAAAUUGCCGACAAAAACAUGCAAAGUGCACUGGUAAAGCAUUUUGCGAACGUUGUACACGGCUUAAUCUUGUGUGUACUUUUGAUGAUUCGGGUCAAAAGCGAGGUCCAAAGAAGAAUGGCAAACUCUCAGAAGAGGUCUAUGUUCCUAAUGAUCUUAGAAAUGACUUUGAUAGGAAUCCUAUGCUAGUCUCCGCAGUCUCUAAUGCAGUACAGAGCCACGUAUCGACUUUUUCAUCGCCAUUAGAAUAUCCACAACCUGAUAAUAUUGAUGACACGUACUGA